AUGACGUCGCCGUGCAUGGAAAAUGGAAAAUGUAAAAAAAACUUCCCAAAGCCGCAUACGAAUGACACGAUCACGGAUAUUGAUGGUUAUCCAAUGUAUCGCCGCAGAAGUACUGAGAAUGGUGGCCAUACAUUUACAAUGCGACUGCCGAACUUUCAAAAUCAAGUUGAGUUUGAUAAUCAGUGGGUGGUACCAUACUCACCACUACUUUCAAAAACUUACAAAGCUCAUAUCAAUGUUGAGCUUUGCAGUUCUGUUAAAUCAAUUAAGUAUAUUUGUAAAUACGUAAACAAAGGCAGUGAUUUGGCCAUAUUUGAAGUACAAAACAUAAAUAAAAAUGACGAAAUAGCACGAUACCAAAUGGGCAGAUACAUUAGCAGCAAUGAAGCUAUUUGGCAUAUUCUCAGCUUUCCCAUCCACGAAAGAGAUCCUGCUGUCCAACAUCUGGCAAUACAUCUUGAAAACAGUCAACGUGUAUACUUCACUGAAGAAAAUGUUCUCCAAAGAGCGUUCGAAGCUCCGAAAACGACUCUAACUGAAUUUUUUACAUUGUGUCAAAAACCUGAUGUUUUUGGCCAAUUCGCGAAGACAUUGGUGUAUGGUGAUGUUCCGCGUUAUUUCACAUGGAACAAAUCCAGUAAAAAAUGGGAGCCACGGAAACAAGGAAAACCACAUCCUUCUAUUACAGGCAUAUUCAAAGCUAAGACAUUGGGGAGACUUUACACGGUACAUCCAAAGCAACGUGAGUGCUUCUAUUUACGUUUGUUAUUGGUGAAUGUUCCCGGACCAACGUCUUUUGAAUUUUUACGAACAGUUAAUGGUCGAGUAUUUAAUACAUACCAGGAUGCAUGUCGUGAACUGCAAUUGCUAGAAGACGAUAACCAUUGGGACUUAACGCUUGCUGAUGCUGCGUUGACAUCAACACCGAAUAACAUUCGUCAGUUGUUUGCAAUUAUUUUGACGACAUGUUAUCCCUCGCAAGCACAAACUUUGUGGGAAAAAUAUAAAAAUUGUAUGACAGAAGACAUCUUGCACCGAAUUAGACAAACAAAUCAAUGCCAAAACAUAGAUUAUACACCAGAGAUGUACAAUGAAGCAUUGGUCUUGAUCGAGGAUUUAUGUGUUCUUAUUUCAAAUUUACCACUUAAUCAUUAUGGUAUGCCAUCACCUAAUCGUCCAGCCACCGACUUAGUCAAUACCGAUUUACAACGAGAAAAUCAAUAUGACCAUGGAAGUUUAGCAACAAUUAUCAUGAACAGUGAACCAUUACUGACAGCAGAACAAAAAAUUAUUUAUGAUCGGAUUAUGCUGGCUGUUGCUGCUGAACAAGGCGGUUUUUUUUUCUUGGAUGCACCCGGUGGAUCCGCACAUUCAACAUUCAAGCUGCCAUUGGACGUUCAUAAUAAACCAGAUGCAAUGUGUAACAUCAAAAAGAAUAGUGGAAUAGCUGCAGUGUUGCGGAAGAGUUCUAUAAUAAUUUGGGACGAGUGCACAAUGGCACACAAAUAUUCACUUGAAGCAUUAAACAGAACUAUGCAAGAUUUAAACAGCAAUAAUAAACUUUUCGGUGGUGCUAUCUUACUUUUGUCUGGUGACUUCCGGCAGACCUUACCGGUUAUACCUCGCUCUACUUUCGCGGAUGAGAUUAAUGCAUCUUUGAAACAAUCAUUCUUAUGGCGAAGUGUUGAAACACUUCGAUUGACCAUAAAUAUGCGAGUACAAUUGCAAAAUGAUCCAUCAGCACAAAUAUUUUCCGAACAACUACUAGAUAUUGGGAACGGUAAAAUAGAACUGCAACCAAAUACGCAAUGCAUUAAACUACCAGACAAUUUUUGCACUGUUGUUCAGGAUAAAAAUGAAUUGAUUCAGAGUAUUUUCCCGGAUAUACAGAAUAAUUAUUUGAAUCAUGAAUAG